AUGAAGCGUUCCUACUCUCAAAGCAACCUUCAUCAAGAGCAAGAUACUUCCGCGCUGGAUUCCAAGCAUUGCAAGAAGAAACGCUCGUUGUCAGCCUCCGAAGAAAUCAGUGUCAAUUCUGUCGAGCCAUCCUCCAAACGUCCUAAACUCACAGAAAAGAACUUGCACCUCUGCGAAAUGCAAUCCUCCACUACUCAGUUCCAAUCUCAACGAUCUCAUCCACCUACUUUGUCAACUACCAAGACAUCACGAUCGAACUCGAUACCUACAAGCGAUUCGAUGUUUGGUAAUGCUGCCAAUACCAAUCACAUCAACGACCCUAUCACUUCCACUGAACCUGCCAAUCUCGACGAUUGGAAAGAAAUAAUCAACAGAAGCCGUGAUACGGCUUCUCCGGACGAAAAAGACGAAACACUAUGCGAGGUUCCACCAAAUCUUGGAUUCAAUAAUAAUCUGUCGCAUGCGCAGCCUGAUCUCUUGGAGGGAUAUGAUCUAUCGGCGUUCCGACCAUUUGAAGCCAGAGAAGAACUAGGCGGGACGGCUGUACUCAAGCGUGGUCCAAGUGCUACUACACUACCGCACUUUGCUGGGGAAUUGAAGGGUCCUGGGAAAAGUUUAAAGAAAGCAGACAUGCAAGCAGCUUACGAUGCUGCGAUUAUGGUACAUGGAAGAAAGAGGAGGAGGGGUGGGGGAUGGCCGACCGACAACGCGCCAUGCGUAACGUUGCAUGUAUCAUAUGAGUAG